AGCAUCCGGCGCCGGAUUGACGCAGCCCCAAGCCGGGGACUCGUCCAGUCGCCUCCUCCCCGUGAGCAGCAGCCGCCGCCAAACCUCCUUAGUCCCUGUGUCCCGUCUGCUGUCCCGCGGCCAGAGCUGUACCCCACCCCCUCCCGCCCAGUGUUCCCCCCACCUUCCCUCACUCUCUAGUUCCCCAUCCCUUUUCCCCCACCCCCAUGCAAGCCCGCCCCAGUAGCUUUCUAGCUGGGUGCCCAUUUCCCCACCCCGCCCUCCAGCCGCUGGAUUUGCGCCCGGUGCUGCUCCUACUUUGCGCCGCCUCGUAGUUGAGUUGUGUUUAUGGUCUGAGUUGCUGCUCGACCGCCCGCCCGCCUGCCCCGUGUAGCGGGGACCGGGAGGAAAGGGGAGGAUGCCGGAGUCGGGACAAGAGCCCUGCAGCAACCCAAGCACCCAGCCUCCCCAGCCGCCGCCACCUCCCCCGCCGCCGCCUCCUCCGCCACCGCCACCUCCGCCUCCGCCACCACCCAAGGACUCCCCGUUCUCCAUCAAGAACCUGCUCAACGGAGACCAUCACCGGGCGCCCCCAAAGCAGCAGCAGCCCCCAAGGACGCUCUUCGCCCCGGCCUCGGCCGCUGCGGCCGCUGCAGCCGCAGCAGCUGCCAAAGGGGCCUUGGAAGGCGCCGCGGGUUUUGCGCUCUCGCAGGUGGGCGAUUUGGCUUUCCCCCGCUUUGAGAUCCCAGCGCAGAGGUUUGCGCUACCAGCGCACUAUCUGGAGCGGUCUCCAGCUUGGUGGUACCCCUACACCCUGACCCCCGCGGGGGGGCAUCUGCCCAGGCCAGAAGCAUCGGAGAAAUCACUCCUGCGAGACUCGUCCCCUGCUUCGGGCACAGACCGAGACUCCCCUGAGCCGCUACUCAAGCCCGACCCGGACAAGGAGCUCGACUCCAAGAGCCCGGACGAGAUCAUUCUAGAGGAAAGUGACUCCGAGGAAGUGAAGAAGGACGACGCAGCAUCUGGGACUGGCGCCGGGGCAACUGGGCCGGGCAGCGAGGACUGGAAGAAACGAGCAGACAGCCCGGAGAAAAAGCCCUGCCGAAAGAAGAAGACGCGCACGGUCUUUUCCCGGAGCCAGGUCUUCCAGCUAGAAUCCACGUUCGACAUGAAGCGCUACCUGAGUAGUUCAGAGCGCGCCGGCCUGGCUGCCUCCCUGCAUCUCACAGAGACCCAGGUGAAGAUCUGGUUUCAGAAUCGCCGAAACAAGUGGAAGCGUCAGCUGGCGGCCGAGCUGGAGGCAGCCAACUUGAGCCAUGCCGCGGCGCAGCGCAUCGUGCGGGUGCCUAUUCUCUACCACGAGAACUCAGCUGCCGAGGGUUCCGGUGCAGCCGGGGCCCCAGUGCCAGUCAGCCAGCCGCUCCUCACCUUCCCCCACCCGGUGUACUACUCUCACCCAGUCGUCACAUCCGUUCCACUGCUGCGGCCGGUCUGAAGAUGGGGCAGGGGAGGGGGGCACUGGGGACCCUCCCCUAUCCCUCACCCAGGAGACUGGACGCGUGCGUGCGUAUGCAGGGGUGUGUGUCGACUGGUGGGGAGUAAGGUGGGCCUGACCCUCCCUGCUCCCCAGCUCGGAGGGGUCAGAAUCGGCUUCAAGAACUGGAGAGCAGGGGUCAGUGUCCCCUUUCCCUUUCUUCCCCUCCCCCCCCAAAGGUAACAUUUUUGUAUGUAUUCUCAAUGCAUUUCCGUGCAUUUCACCCUCAGUAGAUUGGAGGCUGUCUUGACUUUUGUCGGCUUUUCUUUUGGUUAAAGAAAAUGUAAAAAAGCAAACCCCGACUCAAAUUUUUCCAUUCAAAUCUAAUAUGCCACCUCCAGCUCCCUGCCCUAAAUAUGCUGAACUCUUGCCUUUGAUUUCAUUUUUAAAUAAAGGAAAUAACAAAGCAAGAUUUCUGGGGAAAAGGAGAGAAGAAUCCCUUUCACUUCCUUCUCUUUCGAGGACAAUUUUCCCACAUAUUUUGAGGAAAAGGAUAAGCAUUGGUUCUUGGGUUUUCUUUCUUCCCCGCCAAUUAAUUUUCCUCUUAGUUAUCUGUUCUCCCCUUUCAAAGAAACCACUGACAAACUUUCUCUCCAUCCCACCUCUAUAGCAAUUUAACUGUUUUGGAACUGGAAGGUCCACUAAUGAAGUAUUUAAGGAGAAAAGAAAACCAAAAGAAAAGCCCCAAACCGAAAAUGAAAACAAUUCCAAACACGUUAACCUGGUCUGAGUGAUAUUAUUUAUUGGUAACCUAUUUUUUAGGAGUAACCCUCCUCCUUUGUAAAUUAUUCUUACUAUUAUUAUUUCUACAACUUUCUCCGUUUUUUUUUAUUUUUUGGGGUAAUUUAAUUGUUGUACUUUUGACUUGUGCAAUAUUGUACGAAAUUUUCUGAGAGCACUGUGGCUUCCUCCAGGGAAGGAAAGGAACAUUUUCAUUGUAAAAUUGUGAUCAUUCAGGUAGCAAAAUAAUAAUAAUAAAUAAAAUAGUGGGGGAAGAAGGGAAAGGAAGGAAGGAAGAUAGGAAAACUGAGCACUAGCUCUGCUAAAAAAAAAAAAGACAGCUGGUUAUUGGAGCGCUUUAAGUGAAGGACAAUCAAUUUAGGAUAAUUUUAACUUAUUUGAUAAAUGUACAGUUUUCUUGUAAAAUUCACCCUAACCCCCACAGUCCUGAGGUUCUGUCACUCAUUCCAACCCGUGUUUCCUUCUGUCUAUUAAGCCUGAUGUUGGGCGAAAGGUUCCCGUCAUGUCCCUCCUCCUAACCCCAGGAUUUCCUUUUACAUCUGUCGGGGUUCAGUCUCUUUUUAAGAAAAAGGAAAAAAAAAGUAAAACAUUGUUACACUGAAUGUUGUCGUGAGAUUGAAAUAAUAAUAAAAAAAAAGCAAAGGCA